AUGCGCGUACUCGGUGGUGUGCUGCUGGCGGCGACGGUCGCCGUCGACGCGUGCACCGUCAUCUCUGUGGGCAAGAAGGCGACCGUCGACGGCUCGGUGCUGGUCUCGCACACGAACGACGCGGGCUUGAACCCGGCGGACCUGCGCAUGGUCCGCGUGCCUGCGAUGAACCACACGGCGGGCAGCCGACGCGCCGUGUACAACUUCCAGCGCAACGGGUACCCGCGCCUCGUGACCGCCGAGCGCGGACCGCUGUAUGCACCGCUGGAGGGCCAGGCGCUCUCUGCGCCGCUCGGCUACAUUGACCAAGUCCCGUACACGUAUGGGUACUUUGACCACGAUUAUGGCAUGAUCAACGACCAGCAGCUGAGCAUCGCCGAGAGCACGUGCGCGGCCAAGACGGUCGGGUGGCCGUCGUCGCUGCACUAUGGUCACAACCUCUUUCAGAUUGAAGAGCUCUCGAAGAUUGCGCUCGAGCGCUGCGACUCGGCGCGCUGUGCGAUCACGACGAUGGGCGAUCUCGCGGUCGAGCACGGGUUCUUUGGCGAGUAUGGGAAGAACCAAAAGGCGAAUUACGGCAGCUCGUCGGAAGCGCUCGGUAUCUCGGACAAGUAUGGCGAGAGCUGGAUCCUGCACAUGCUCACGGGCCCGAAGAACACGUCGGCGGUCUGGGCGGCGCAGCGCGUACCGGACGAGCACGUGGCGGUCGUCGCCAACUCGUUUGUGAUUCGGACGCUCAACCUCAGCGACAGCGACAACUACCUCGCGUCGAGCAACGUCGUCUCGUUUGCCCAAGACAUGGGCUGGUACAACCCGGCGGUGGACGGCGACUUCGACUUUGCCAAGGCGUACAGCUGGGCCAAGCCCGGCCCGAGCAAGCCGCUGUACGGCGGCCGCCGCAUUUGGCGCGUCUUUGACGUGCUCGCACCGUCGCUCGCGCUCGAUGCGACAUUGGGUCAGCACCCCGAAGUCGCAACGUACCCGUUUUCGAUCAAGCCCGACAAGCUCGUUGCGCCGACGGACCUCAUGGACCUCAUGCGCGACCACUACGAGGGCACGCCGUUCGACAUGACCAAGGAGGUGGCGGCCGGGCCCUUUGGCAGCCCCGUGCGCUUUGGCGGCUCGACCAAGAACGUGACGGGCGGCUGGGAGCGCGCGAUCUCGAUGCACCGCACGACGCACAGCUUUGUGCUCCAAGCGCGCGGCUUCUUGCCGGAUGACGUGGGCGGCGUCACGUGGUACGCGCUCGGCGCGCCCCAUGGCUCGGUCUACGCCCCGUUCUCGUGCGCACAGACGUCGAUUCCGUCGUCGUACCUCGCGUCCCGGAAGAACGAGUUUGACACGAGCGCGGCGUGGUGGGCGUUUGAGUUUGUCAACAACUGGAGCAUGCUGCGCUACGACCUCAUCCACGCUGAGAUCAGCACAGUGCUGCAAGCGCUGCAGGCGGACGCGAUCGCGCUCGAGGCCGAGACGCGUGCGACGGCCAUGACCAUGGACGACCCGACAGCGCGUCUCGCGUUCAUUGAAGCCAAGACGAAUGCAUUUGCCCAAGCCAUGGUCGACAAGUGGUGGCGCCUGGCGUUCCAUCUCGUUGUCAAGUUUAGCGACGGGUAUGUGAUCCACGGCGACCGGUCGGGCGACAUGAAGGCGCCCGGGUACCCUGCGUGGUGGUUGCAGUCGACCAACUUUGCCAGCUGGCCCGAGCCCCACGCGUACAAGCCGCCGGCUGCGAUCCUCGCGCUGCAGGCGCCGCCGCAGCAGUCGACGGCGCUCUGGCUCGUGAGCGCCGUCGUGGCUAUCGCGGGCAUGACGGUCGUCGGGAUCGUCUUUAUCCGCCAGCACCGCCGCGGUCACGAGUACCGCCGCUUAGAGUAA